ACGGGAACACACCAUCCCUGGAACACGGAAUCUGGCUGGGAGCGGAGAAACGGGAAUGCACUGGGACGAAAAAAACUGAGGAGAAUAAAUAUUACCUGCCAUCUGUUGGUCUUCCUCACUCAUCUGUCAUCCACUGUCACUUUCUUUUUGUCUUUUUCUGAGGAGAACUUCUUCAGAGCCUCCAGUGAAAACACAUACAUAUAGAGAUAUAUCUAUAACAAUCCUAUACAUAUAUCAAUAUACAGUAUGCCUGUUUUCAUAAACAGCGUAUGGGGGACAGAACGGAGCUGAAGGAAGACACGUUGACUGUGAAAACAAAAGCGUCAGGAGGACUAAAGAACAACAGAUAUUCAUUUGAGAGAACAGUACAGUGUAAAACACUGAGAAUGACUUGUGGAAUACCUCCGAACUGUAGCGUGAGGCAUCUCUUCCUCUCUGGCAUCACGCAGUGUUCAGUUGGACAAAGAUCACGUAUAUGGCUUGAUUCCAACAGUGUCAUCUCUUCAGGCUUCUGAACCGGAAUUCUACUAAGUGCUGUUUUUUUAUGUUUUUUUUCUCGGGCCUCGAAACAGUUUGUCUCAAGGUUAGAUCUUUGAAACUGGAGUCUCUCCAAAGGGGAGGAAUCUCGCUCGCUCUCGCUCUCUCUUUCCCUGUAGUGAUGACAAAGAAGAGCACGUUGUGUGCUGAAGUGGCGUGGAAAGCUCUCCGUCUCAUUCCCUGAUGAGGGCUGCAUUCCCUGUAUCAGCUUGUCGUUUAGGAGCCGGACGCCAAGUCAGCAUCAAACCUGCUCUAAACUUGAACUCUUUGCUCUUGGUUCUCAUUAACUAAACUCUGUUGGUUUAAUUGUACCCAGUGACGCUGUUGCACUCUUGGAUACGCAUUGUGGGAUUACUCAAACAGGAUCAUGGCUGCCUCACACCUGUUUCUGAAUGUGUUGACUGCCGUUUUAAUGUUGAGCUACAUUUCUUACAGUCAAAAAUCCAACACCGCCAGCACAGGUGAACAAGCCACAAAUCGGACGGCUGCUCCGUCUGGUGCGCCGGAGGUCACACUCGCGACCCCCGGGUCAGACGCAGAGGAAACCCCGUUGGCUGGCAGCCGCUGUUGGGGUUACUAUGAUGUAAUGGGCCAGUGGGAUCCUCCGUUUAAUUGUAAUGCAGGAAUCUACCUGUUCUGCUGUGGCUCCUGCUACUACCGAUUUUGCUGCCAGUUCAAGGUUCACAGUCUGGACCAGACGUCUUGUUCCAAUUACGACACGCCGGUGUGGGCCAACACAGGCAAGCCGGCGGCUCCAGUGACCGAUGUCCAGGAGGAACCGGAUCGAGACCGCACUCACAUGAUCGUCUACAUAAUAUGCGGAGUGGUGGCCAUCAUGGUGCUGGUUGGGAUCUUCACCAAACUGGGCCUGGAAAAAAGUCAAGGAGGACAGACGGACAUGACAAACUCCAGGGCCCUGACGGAACUGCUAAAACAGCCAGGCGAGCCCGGGGGUGUGGACAGAGGAGGAGGCCACCACCCUAUCGGAUCCAACGGCAUCUCUGGCAGGUCAAUGCGCACCAACAACGAGCAUAACCACCUGAAUAACGUCACGCUUCCUCAUUUGAGUCCCGCAAUGACUCUGUCCCAGCCUCACAACAACCUGGGCUUCAACAAAUACUCCUCUCUCAAGACCAUGGAUAUUACAGCAAGGGAUUAUUACCCCAAGAGCUACCCCAUGAUGGAUUACGUACACCGCCAAUCCUCGCCUGCAACCUUCCAGCCUAUUGCUUUCCACCCAAAAGACAAACACUUUCUUCCCCCUCCGGACAUCCAUACUCCACUGGCCAUCACCAUUACGUCAGCUCAAGUCCCCAAGCCCAAGAUCUCCAAGACUAACACCCACCCACUCACCUCGAGCUCAGCCUUCAAGGUUUGGGACCCCAACAAGAGCCAUGUCCAACAUCAGGUCCCUCUCAUGAUGCAGCCACAGCCACCACUGUCCCAACCAAACAGUCGUCGCCAGGCCUUCUCCAACAAGCGUCAGUUUAGCAUUGAGACUCUUCCAGAGUUGUUCACUCAACCUCUGGGGUAUGGACAGUCUCCACACCUCCACCCAAAACACAAGGGACUGCCCACGAACAGCAAAACAGAAGUGACGGUCUGAGGGGAAAGCCUGGGAAGGAUACAAACACAAGAAAGCAUGACUUCGAUUAGACAACCGGAUGUGAACGCUUCUACACAUGUGCUUCAGUUAUAUUUAAAGUAUAUUUCCUCCUAGUGUUUGUUUUGGACUAGAUUUAUACUCAUUGUACUAUAAUACAAAGAAAUGAAUGGGAAAACGUUGCAUGGUCUUGAUUCCGAUUCUUGGUGGGCCUUGAAUCCCUAGUGAUCCUAGCUCCCCUCUAAAAUUCUGGCCUGUUGUUCUUGUACUUCUGGCCUUCAGAUGUCUCUUGUGGUCCAGACCCAUGUGUCCGAUAGCAAAGGGCAGGAACCUUGCACCUCAGGAGCCUUCACACCCUUCUGGACAAGGCCAUUGUGCUGUCAGCUUCCAUCAGUCAAAAGCUGCCACACAGUGAGAUAUUAUUCUGACAAUUCUAAACCACUGAGGACAAAGAAACAGCGGGGAAGCAUACGGAAGGGGACAGCGAAGAAACCAAGGUGCCCCGUGAGAGGGAAAGAGAGUUUCAGGUGUUGUGAUGUCUAAGGGUUUGUUAUUUCAGCCAACGGAUAAGGGUCUAGGUGAAUUUGGCAAAGUCCAAUGUCUCUCGGUCUCUUUUUCUCAACACCAUCAUCAAAGGACGCAUUCAAGCACUUGUCCAUGGAGCGAACUGCCAACGUCAAGUCAUAGCUAUUCUGGCUGUUUCUAUUUCAAACUCUUGUUUGAGGCACAGCACAGGUAAAGACAAGGUCAAUACGCCAGUCUCUGUUACAGACAGAACUCAAGAGAGACAUUUCAGGGGACAACAGUCGCCCGAAGAGAUGAGGUGCCAUAGUGACGGAGGAGGUGAACAAAUCCGGCAAUGUCAUAAGUAACACUGCCAGAACAACUUUGCUAAAUUGACCCACGUGUAUUCUUGGCAAUAUAUGUCAAACAGCAUGCUUCCUUUGAAUAAUUCUGAAUGUAAAUAAUUAUCCUUUUGGUGAAAGCAAGAACCUUUUAGACCGUGGCAAAAUCAAGCAUGUAGCAGCAAUACCUACACCCUAUUGUAGCAUCCUAAUGGGCAUGGGAAAUCUGGUGAUGGGCAUCAGUUUUAAAGGGAAGAGUUUAGGUGUCUUAAGAGUUACUCGAGAGACCAAGGAAAAUGGUAGCAAUACUAGGCCUAUCCGUCCUCUCCUGCCUGGGGCCACAUGACUGAUGGACACAGCUGUCAAACUCACUCUCUCUCUGCUGUUCCAAGCUGUUCCCUGGCAGGCGUUUGGCUGCCACACUGCCACAGAACUGCAGGGGGCGCUGUAAUUGAUGACAGCUUGCUUCUAAUACAGCAGAUCUUAAAUAUGUUCUCCCAUACUGCCUGUAGACACAUCUUUCUUGUCUGUCUUAUCCUUUUUUUCAUUGACAAUGGAUCUGAAUGGAGAGUUAUGGUUAUUGACCCUCGGAUAUCUGAUGGUAACCUCUUGCUUUACAUAACAUAACAUAACAUAACAUAACAUAACGUAACAUUAACGCAUCUGUUUACCAAGCAAACGGUUGUGUCUAAAAAGUAGCACACUUUGUUUGAACAGCCUUGUGAGAUUUUACAGGCCAAUGAAAUCUGAUGUUCAAGCCACAUAGGGAAUAUAAAAGAGUUUGAAAUGUUCAUUGGAAUGGCUUGCAAAUAAAACGGCAGUAUUGUGAGAGACAGAAAAGGAUUAUUGAACUCAGAAGCAGGAGGCAACACACUCGUAAUGGUACAAAGCAUUCCUUUCAAUACAUUAGAUCGCAUUAAAGUCAUUGCAGUACAUGUUACAGCAGUUGGGUCUGUAAUGAACUGUAAGGAAAGACGAAACAAGAAAGAAACAAGUAGCUCUCUCUCUUUAUAUUCCCACUGGCUCCAUUUUGGAGAUAAUUUCUACUUGUGGACCAACUCCAGGGACAGCAGUUCCAAAAAUAACAACAAUUACAGUUACAGCAUGUUCCUGGACGGCUAUUUUCAACCCUUGAAUUGAUGCAAGGAUGUAUCAACAUGCUCUCUUGGGUCAGCAUCAAGUUAAACUAUCCUGAGCUACAGAGAUGCUUCAUUCAGUUUCGGUGGCAAUGGCUCCAGGGUGUCAUUGGGUUUCAGGGGCAAACCCUGGAGGACAGACACGGCUGUCAGACUCUCCGAGCACAGAGAUGUCAAGCGAUGCCAAGGUGAGCCAGCUACACAGCCCUCUGCCUGAAAUGGAGCCACUUUAUCGGCCAGGAGGUCAUGAAGUCUGUCUUUGAGGAAAGCCGGAAAAUACUAGAGCAGAUUUAGAUUUUGACAAAGCCACAGUGACAAGAUCUCUGGCUGGAUCAGUUUGAACCCUGAAUCAGAUGAGGACUAUCAUCCAGGUAUAAACUUUGAUAUUAAAUCAAUAAAGCGCUGGAUUGGUCAAUUAACUACUUAUUUCCACAGUUUGAGGACUAUAAAGUGAAAUCAAAAGAGGUUGUUUGCAUUCACAUCUGUUACAAAGAAACACAAGGUGUAAAUAUCUACUUUCGAAUUCCUUCGGUGUGAAGAAUCAUUUCCAGUGGUUAUUUUAAACCACCCAAAUAAGCUGAAUGACUGUUGUUUCUGAUUUCUUCUUAAAACGAAAGCGUUCUACCUGUGAUGUGGAUGCUACCAGGUAGUAUUUUAUCUUUAGCAAUACAUGAUGUACUUUUUACUGUUUAUGUACUAUUUGCAAUGUCGUCUUUUUUGUACCGUAAGCGUAAUUGGAAUCAAAGUCGAGCCUGCCGCAGUUGACAACCAUUUGACGGAGAUGAAGUGCUUCCGAAUUUUAACACCCUUCUCACCUUCCUUACUAACUUAAAAGAUGUCUUGCCAUAUUUGAAGCCUGCGCUAUAUGUAUAAAGCCUAUAAUUUUUAAAAGACGUAUUAUAACCAAUGCUUGAAUGACAUGUUAGUUGCCAAUCCAGAGACAUGUAAUAUGUAUAUUGGAGAAUCACAUUGUUCCCAUUUGUUUGGUGGCUCCAUUCGUUUGGUGGUAUGUUUGACCGAUCUAAUCUUAUGCACUAUUCUAAACUGUACCUUUUGUGUAUGUAUAAUUAGGAUGAAUUCUACUAAGGGCUUUAAAGGAUGUAUGUGAUAUUGAUAGGAGUUGCCUGUGUUCAACAUGGAAAAGGUUCGUUUUUUCCAAUGCUAUGACAGGGAGUACAGUUGCUUGUGUCGGAGUGUAGGGUAAACUAUAACAAGAGGUUGUGAAAGUGAUGCUCUGUCCUGCUAUCAAAAUUUUAGGGAAUUUAUUUUUGCCUGUGUGUUUGUGUAUUACUCUCCACCACAAAGCAAAAAUUAUGUUCCCUCUUGCAGAAAACGGGACUUUUCUUGUUUAAACCCUGAAUAGACAUGCAAAAACAUGUUAAGGACAUAUGAGAAAAAAGACAAUUGCUCUAAGUUUGAACCAUACCAGCAUUAAAGGAAAUCCAAAGCCAGCUACAGCAAAUGCAGAUUGAUCCUAAUUAAAAGCCACUGGUUGCAUCAUUGAUAAAGAGAAUGACAGGAAGACUAAUUAGGCUUGUCUGUUGACUUAAAGAAGGCCAGGUUUUUUUUGCAACAUCACUAGCAUUGAGAAAUAUCUCCUGUCAUGUUUCUUGUGUUUUACAUGUUUACUGAUUAUAAUCGCCUGUUUAUACAUACGUCAGGGUUAAAAGAGCAAAAAGUUAAAUAUAUAAAUAUUGUGCAAAAAUAUAUGUAUAUGAUGUGAAUAUAAAGUAGCAUUAGUUCACAGCGUUUCACAACUAGAAACACAAAUUAAAGCUGAGGAUUUGACAUUGUAAACAGUGUUUAGUGGAACUUUUUCUAGGUAGAGCCAGCUCACGUUACCCCAUGUCCUAACUAGGUGCGAUGCAACUCAUUUCCAAGUAAUUUAUUUGUCCAAAAUGCCAUGCAAACAUAGAAGUGACAGCUUGGUUCAUGGAAGUAUUAUUUCCCAAUAGUUCUUAAAGUAAGUGUCGAACUAAACACAUGUCUCAGAGAUCAUUCUAUCAAAAUUUAAUCCCAAGCAAAAAAAAAAAAAAAAAAAAAACAAUCAUCGCAAAUUAUGUAAUAAAAUGACCAAUUAGUAAACAGCAUACAUAAAACUUUAAGUACAUCAUUAGCAGGGCUUUGGCACUCUAGCAUGAUUUUGGACCAGUAAGCAAGAAACUGUUGGCUACCCAAAACAGUCCUAUAACAGAAGUCCUGCCUGGUUAGGGCAGAGUUGUUCACUUUAAGAAAUAAACAGCACACUGCACUCUUGUUAGUCCUUUUAUACACAGUUCUCUAUCAGUCUGUCUUUUCCACUCAUCCUAGCCUCCUCCUCUGACUCUUCAAGCCUCGAUGGAUGUUCACACUGACUGUGAUUAAACUGUUGGAUAUCACAGAGUACCCUUUCUGCAUUCUUAAUGCUAGUGGCCAUAUUACAUUGUUUAUUAGCAUAAAAUUCACCUUUACCUUAUCUUUGUUGCAUCAAUAGUUGUUGUCACUUGUGCCACUCAUAAACUGGCAACUCUUGAUAAAAAGGAAAAGGCACUGUCAGUGUGUACAACCAGACACUUUUCAUCUUCGCUAUCUUGAAACUGGCAUACAUUUGCAAACAGGGCCUGUAGAGCGGUGUAAGAAGUACUGGAAAAUUAUACUUUAGUAUGGGUACUUUGACAGCAUUUUACUUCGUUAGCUAAAAAUAUACUUUAAAGUAUACGGAAAAAAGGAAAAAUAUAAAGAAAAAAAAGAUCUGCAUCUGCAUUAGAGUCUAAACAUUUAUUUAUAAUAAACAAAUCCAUAAACAAUGUUACUUUUGUACAGCAAGGACACAUUCAGUUGUUUAAAAGCGACAAUAAAGACAUAUGUUACAACUGAUUCCUUCACAUAAAUGCAGUUUUUUUUUUUUUUUUUUUUACUUUGGUAAUAAAAACAAACAUACAAACAGAAAAGUUUCUUGAGCACCAAAGGACCAAUAAGAAUGACUUCUGAAAGAUCAUGUGACACUGAAGCCUGUAGUAAUGAUGCUAAAAAUUAGCUUUGCCAUCACAGGAAAAAAAUUAAUAAAGAAUUGAUCAAAUUAAUAAAGAAAAUUUUAAAUUGUAAAUAUAUUUUACAAUACUACUGUUUUUACCACAUUUUUUAUCAAAUAAAGGCUGGCUUGAAGAGCAAAAGUAACUAAAACAACAACAAAAAUCUUACCUUUGUAAGUAAUUGUGCUUAAAAGAUCUUUUCUUAGCUUUUGAAAUUUAUCAAAUUAGACUUUUAAAAUUAGACUUAGAAAUGCAAUGCAAAGCAACCUAUUUAUCUGCAGUUGUCCUCAAUAUCCCAAAUACACAAGACUCUUGGAUAAAUCAGAUGCCAAACUAAAUUCAAUAUGCUGAAACGCGAACUGAGCAGAUUGAAAUUAAUCAAAUUAAUCUUCAUCAGUAGUUAUAAUAUAGACACAUGUUUCUGUGUGACUGAUGAAACGUCUCUUUACAAGUAUAAAUGACCAUGAUUCGACCAAUUACUGUACAUUUUACAUUGAAACAGAUUUUAUUGAUUGUCUAUUGAGAUUCUCUGACUGUGAUAUGCCUUUAUUAGUUCAAUUAAGCAGAAGAAAUUAUGCAUUCUCAAUAAAAGGACAUUUAAAUAAAGAUGAUGACUAAUUAAAACAUACUUUAUACUUAGUAGUUUGAACACCUUAGUGAAAUUGUAACAAGUACAUUUUCCAGAACACUACUGUAGUGACAAAACAUACAAAGUAUAUCAAUGCUCUUUAUACACUCGGCUACAAGAACCCUUGCAGAAACUGAUUUUUGAACCUCAACUACUGCACCAUGGCUGACAGGUUCAUUGAUUAUAAACUAGUUUUGUUGCAUCACUUGCUCGCAGUGUGGACCCGAUAUUACUGUAGUCUCUCUCUUUCUCUCCUUGCUUUUCUCUCUCUCUGUCACUGUCUCGUUUGUGUUUGUUCCUCCAUUUCAUAUCUCGUCGGGACAGUGGGAGGCGUAAGUCUUAGCUGUCAUUGAUAUCUAAGUUAAUAUGGGUCUCCUGAGGCUGUGGAGAGAGAGAGAAAUGGAGGACAAUAUAGUAUGAUGAUGAAGAACUGUGGGUGGAGAGAGGAGAUCUGACAUCCUAUCCUCUCGUAUCAAUGUACUUCAUCUUUUUUGCUUGUCUAAUGCCCCAUUUCCAUAUCUGCCAUGCUUUUUUCCCUUAAGUCUGGUUGCACUUUGUGGAGACGCUGAAUAAUUCAGAGAAAUAAAAUUUACAGGAUGGUAAAAGAUGGAGACAGUGAGGGAAACAGAGCUGUAGAGAGCACGUGAAAGACUAGAGAUGCAAAAGCAAAGCUGAAAUGCACCUGUUUGAGAAGAACCACAGUUUGCAGUCCUGUAUCAGUCUAAGUUGUAAGUUUUAAAAGACAUUUAUGUAUUGUUACAAAGGUCAGUGUCUAGGAAGGUUUGGUUUGACUCUAAAGGAGCAUCCUAAGUUUAAAACGUGUUGACAUAUUCUCUUUAGAAACAGGAAGUUGAGGUUGGUCACAAUAAAAUCUCAUCCUUUUUUUUUUUUUUUUUUGAUAUACCAGAAAAUAAUUUGGCAAUUGUUUUAAAUAAACCAGCCCUGCAUAGCCAAUAGAUAGUUUGAAAAGCAAAAUGACAAAUAAAAGUUUUUUUUUUUUUUUUUUUUUUUUUUUCACCUGUUUGUAAGCUGAUAAUCAUAGAAAAUGCCAUAAUUUCAAUUAAAAAAAAAAUAUAUAUUUUAUGCACUUACAGCGAUAUAAAAGAGAACAUUACAACACCACCUACUCACCAAUGUAAAAGUACAACAAAGCUACAGAUUAUGUGUGAUAACAUGACACUAAUUGAAUAACAUUCCUUUUACUAACCUUAUCUAUAACUGGAGCUGGAAUAUUCCUUUUAAUACUAACAUAACAUUAACUAUUCAUAUCAUCUAAUAAUAAAAAUUACAAUUCCUAUGCUUCCAUGCAAAAAUUGUUGUAACUGUCAUGUAGAUCUGUAAUGUUUUCUGCUAGGUCAGCAAGAGAGCAACCUUAUUCAAUAAAUUAUAAGUAUUACUUUGAAACGUCUCAGGUUAUGUAUGUAACCAUGGUUCCCUGAGAAGGGAAGGAGACACUGCAUCCUUUAGAGGUCACUUUGGAGAACGCCUUCACUGUGACCGGUUUCUGAAGCAUGACAAUAACAUUGUCCGGCAACAGCUUAAAACAUCAUAACCUGGCAUAAUCACAGUUUAAAAGGGCAUUGGGAGAACACGUCAUCCGCUUCUUUGUCUUGCGUCUGAAGCAUGGCAAGGAAACUAGAGGAUGCAGUGUCUCGUUCCCUUUUCAGGGAACCAUGGUUACGUACCUGAGACGUUCCCUUCCGAGGAAACUUCAAACUGCGUCCUCUAGAGGUCACUUUGGGGAAUGGUAUACCCAUGCAGCCAUGCUGAGGGGAGUGCAUACCAUAAACCACAGCAAGCACUUAGUACCAACUCUACCAUAGCCAUGGGAGUUGCCCCAAGGACGCCUUGUUGGCUGUCAGUGACAUUUCACCCUUUAGCCAAGGGCCUGAGCUGCAUACCCUAAAAUAACUUACCUUUUAAUGGCUGGUCUGGAAAGUCUGGUUGAGCUCUGCCCUAGGCAUGGAAUCAGAAGACAGAGAUUCCUUUAAGGGGAUACAGCCAGGUGUCUAAAAAAAACCUAGCCUGCCACCCCGGGGGCUACCGCCAGUUCUGAAUGAACCUGCUCAAAUAACUAAUUUGAUUGCUCUUUGAUAACCCUCCUCAGAAAUGUUUCAAUUGAGAUACAUAAUUAGAGUGGAGCCCAAGGUGAGAACAGGGAACUCAACAAGCAACCCGCCAGGGAGGCAAAAGAUGGCAAAGCAACCUGGCAUGACUGUUAACCGGAGCUCAAAGGGUGCGAAGUCCCAACUCCAAAAAUAGGAGGGGGUCUCAGAUGCUCAAUCUGGGAGUGAUGCUCAUAGGUGACUGUCUAGGGUGAAGAGAGCACUGCUCAGCUCAGCACUGCUAGGCUGGACCCAAAAAGAGGCAACUUAUCAGGGAGGCAGCAAGCAGCCCAACUACCUGAUGUCACUGCAGGUUCAAAUCCUAGCAAGGAGACAGAAGAACCCAGCUUUAUCAAAGCAAUCAAUAGCCCUGUGUCAUAGUACCUAGCUCUCAAGCAGAGAGAAGGACACACAGAGCCUUGCUCAGGACUGUCAAGUUCCCACAGGACCCUCCAGAUAGAUCUCAAGUUUUCGGGAGCAGAAUCUCGGCUCUCAAGCUGAGGCAGGCCCUUAGAGCACACACUGGGAGCUAACCCUCACAGUGAAGGGAGCACUUCUCAGCUCAACCAGAAGGAGGUGCUAGAUUUUGGCUCAACCAAAAAGCAGCUUAAUGGAGCGAAGGAGUUCCAUGGAGCAAAGGCCCAACUCUCAAAAUAGGAGAGACGUGGUCAUAGGUGACCCUCUUGGGUGAGGAAAGCACUGCUAAGCUCAACCAAAUGGAGGCAAUUUAUCAGGGAGGCAACAAGCAGCCAAAAACCUGAUGUCGCAGUCACAGAGCUCAUAGAGCAGAUGGCUCUACCCUUGGCAAAGGGAGAGGAACCCAGCUAAACCGAAGUGAUCAAUAGCCCAGGGGCGAAGUACCUAACUCUCAAAUAGAGAAGAGGACUCACAUUAUCUGCCCAGGACCGGACAAGCUCAUAAAAUAUCCCCCAGAGUGAGAGGAGCACGGAUGUCCGGGGAGCAGAUUGACUGCAAAUGGGAAAUAGGAAAACAACGGGGGUCCCAGCAUAGGGACAACUGACCAAGGAGCCGAUAGGGAAGGGACUAAAAACGCAAUACAAUUAUCAAUCGGUCAAAAACAAGAGGUUCUGACUUAAGCAGGGGAGGUGCUUGCAGAGGUCCUAACCCUUAAACAAAGUCAGAAAAACAGAGACAGGUCCUAGUAGCACUGUGGAUAAAGCUAUUUAGUGAAUUCACUUAAAAUUAGCAAUAGACUAGAUAAAAUGGAUCAAACUCAAUGUCCCCUUUGCAGUCGCUAUGCACACUCGAUGCACAUUUAUGCCGAGCCCGCACUGAGGUGAGCUCCACAGCAGACUUCUACCCAACAGUCAAAGUGGCAUUACGUCAUGAAAGUGUGGACUCACAUAGAGAGUCCACGAGUGUUUAGGGUGUGAUUUGGGACAGGGACAUAGAGGAUGACGUGUUCUCCAGGAACCCUUUUAUACUGUGAUUGUGCCAGGUAAUGUCAAUGUUAUAGCCAUGUUUACUUGUAUGCUGCAGACACCAGUCACGCUGAAGGCAUUCCUCAAAGCGACCUUUAGAGGAUGCAGUUUGAAGUUCCCGAAGGGAACAAAUUUUUACUGUAAGGAAUGAUAUGAAUUAACAUAUGGUAGAGCAAAUUUGAUGUUCAUGAUGACAAGAGAAAUGAUGCUGCUGAUGAUGACCAUGCUGACACAACAGCAAAGAAAAUGCCAAUGGUUUCUACGACACUAGUUGCAAUUUCUAAGAAAAAUACGGACACUGUCCAACUGAUUUAAUGGCUUUUUAAGCAUAUGUUUAUAACAGAAACAUUGAUAAGUGUUCUUUGUAUAUCUUGUUUAAAAAAUAAAAGGCAGAGUGAAACACUCCA